UGAAGUUGCGAUUUGUAUGCCAAUGCUCGUUUGGUCAUUGCUUGGGUGGAAUAGAUUUGCCUCCAGAUAUCCUUCCUCUUUGGUAUUCACUACGCUAGGCGUUGUGUGGCAUCUUUCAGAAAUCGAAAAUGGCGUUUUAAUGUACUGGACAAGCGGACAGUUGUCGAGACCGGGUUAUGUGUGUAAUAAAAGGAAUAAUUAUCUGGUUCGUUGUGGUAAUUCAUCGUGACCUUGUGUGACCAAGUUGCCGGUUGUUGAGUGUUGAUAGUAAGUGAUGGAUUCGAGUGCAAUUAAGGUUAGACAAGAAUUUAGUGUACAAACAGAUAAUUUACACAAGUCUGAUCGCUCUGUAUCAAAAGUAAAUCCGAAGUAUUACAAGCAAUCAUAUAGAAUUGAGUGGGAAUCAAUGCCCGAUUUUAAGGGCUGGUUGAAGGGAGUUCCAGGGGAACCAAACAGAGCAUACUGUUUGUUUUGUAAGAAGAGUCUUCACGCUCAUAGACUGAGUCUUCUCAAACAUACUUGCACUCUUAAACAUACAAAAGCUGCUCAAAAGAAUUUUGAAUUACAGGGUGAGACAGAAUACAAUAUAAAAGUAAAUAUGGAGGGAAUAGGAACCUCAGAGGAAAUCCUGACACAGCCUCGUGUGACAGAGGUUGAAAUUGUUGAAGAUAUUGUAAUAGCAGAUGCUAAGGUUGCUGGCAAUGAUACAGCAAGAGAGAAUGACAGCGAAUUUUCUCAGACUGCUGAGGAAUCUGGUGAAGCCCCCAUCACACCCAAGAAGAGAAUGCAGACUAGAGCUGAUAUGGCUGCCUUACAAGGUCCUCUUUCAACGCACGUACUUGACACAGCAAGAGGCAAUCCAGUAGGUGGUCUUCAAGUCAGCUUGUACAAAUUGAUUGAUGGACGGUGGACACCCAUCAGUGAAGGAUUGACGAAUCCUGAUGGUCGCUUCACCAACUUCAUUAAAAAAGCAGAUUUCACUGCCGGCCGCUACAAGCUUCACUUUGACGUGGAUCGCUACUUUGAGCUGAGGAAGCUAGAGUCCCUCUAUCCCUUCAUUGAGAUUGUGUUUGAUGUAAAAUCGCCCCAAGACCACUAUCACGUGCCUCUGCUGCUGAGUCCAUUUGGUUACACUACGUACAGAGGCAGUUAAGUUACGCUCAUUCGUGAUGUACACGCAACAUGGAAAUGGAACACUUUCUUAAAUUAUACCAUUUCUUUGUUCUGGGUCCAUUUUAAUUUAUGUUGUCCAGUCAGUACUAUUAAAUAUGUUAGAUUGAGUAAUUUAUACUUUUAUGAGGUGGUGAAGACAUUUACUGGUUUGUUUUAUAUAAUCAAGGGAAAUGAAAUAUAAUGAAAUCAAAACUGUAAAUUGCAGUUUUCCUUGAUUUGGUGUUUUAAAGAUGUAAAAAUGAAAAUUGUUUGUGAGAGUGGCAGUGAUACCAGCCCUCUUCACCAGAAUUGUGCGUAUGCAAGUUUUAAUAAUUGUUUUUUAUCGUACAUUCAUAUCCUCAACAUGUCUGCAGUAAAUACAAACAUGUUCAGUGCUC